CGCCGGUCUUCUGGUCCCAACUAUUUAGCCCCGUCUCCCUCUCCUCCUCUCUCCCUCUCCCUCUCAGUGCCAUCGCUGGUUCCAGUGAAAGAAUAAGAAGAGAGGCUUAAGGCAGGAAGUUGAAGGGGGGAUAACCGCGGGCUUUCGGUUCCUUAUCUCAAACGUUGGCUUACCUCUGCGAUCCAGAGUUCUCAAGCUAUUCAUUUCAAUUCGCUUCUUGGCUUUGUCACUUGGCUUUGUGAGUGUUUCUGCAUGUCUUAUGUGGAUAAAGCCAUGUCUGGUCGAAGCCCAUCCCCAAAUAUAAAAAUUCCCGAAAUAACUUGCCCCAGUGGAGCCAUGUCUGUCACUUCUUCCAUUGAACCGACUCCCUUGCCAGCAGUACAAGGUGAGAAUUUACAUGGGCCUGUUGCCAUUCUUUGGGACAUCGAAAACUGUCCAGUUCCCAGCGAUGUUAGACCUGAAGAUGUUGCUGGCAACAUUCGUCUGGCAUUGAGAGCACACCCUUUGAUCAAAGGAGCUGUGACAAUGUUUUCCGCAUACGGGGACUUCAAUUCCUUUCCUCGUAGGCUAAGAGAGGGAUGCCAAAGGACUGGCGUUAAGCUUGUCGAUGUGCCAAAUGGUAGAAAAGAUGCUGCUCACAAGGCUAUUUUGGUUGAUACAUUCCUACUUGCCCUCGACAAUCAUCCACCUUCUUCAAUUAUGUUGAUCUCCGGGGAUGUGGAUUUCGCUCCUGCUUUGCAUAUACUGGGACAACGUGGUUACAUGGUGAUUCUUGUCAUCCCUUCUAAAGUUUUUGUCUCAUCCGCUUUGUGCAGUGCUGGCAGGUACGUAUGGGACUGGUCGUGCAUUGCCCAUGGAGAAGGUUUUGUCUCUUCGAGAACUGGUUUAACGCGGGGAUCCGAGCUUUCCGGCUAUCUUAUGGGUAACAAUUUUGAUGACUGCCAUGAUGUUCAGAUUGAAGAAGAAGCCAUUGUUUAUAAAGGAAGUUACAAUUCCAGUAACACUAGGGACCUGUCUGUGGUAUCCCAGACGUCCUCUGAAUACAAUAUUAAUUAUUCAAUGCCUGCAGCAUUCCUUUCCUCCUCAAAGUUUCAAGGCCAACCUUCUAGAAUGAAUGAAGCUUCUUCAAGGGAUCAGAGCUGCAGGGCACAAGCCAGUUGGGUACAGCCAGGUGAUAUUCAAGGCUUAAAGGGCCAGCUAGUGAAGCUGCUAGAGACCUCUGGCGGAAGUUUGCCCCUCGUUAGAGUUCCAUCGGAGUAUCUUAGGAGCUACGGAAGGCCGCUCUACAUGUCGGAGUACGGAGUAUUCAAGCUGGUGCAUCUUGUGGAAAAGAUGGCUGAUACCUUGAGUUUGGUGGGAAGGGGACAUAAAAAGUUUCUCUGCCUUCGCAGCUCAGAUAGAUAUGUUAAAAAGUUUGAUAACAUACCUGUAAUUUUGAAGAGAAAUAAGAAUGAUAAAGGCAUAGAAGGCUGUAACUACAUCAAUAUAAGAAGAGAAAUUUUGUUUUAG